AUGUGUGGGUGUGGCGACGCCAUUGUCUAUUGUCGCAGCCUGUCUCCAUGGCAACAACCCCUCUCAACCCUUCAUUGUCCCCUCCACCCGCCCGCCGAUCACUACCCUCCACUUGUCGGCGAUUUACAACCGAUGGACCAAACAUCCAAAGACCUCAGAGUAGCUAUCAGCCUCUAUUACGGUUGGUAUCCUUUCGACACCCGCCGCUUCUUAAGUAUUAUUCAUGUAAACGUUGUUUCCUUUAACGAGCCUUCCUUAUCUAAUCGCGGAGGGCCUGUGCCUUCUUCGAAUCCACUUUUGAGGAAGGACGGAGGCAGCCUGUGAAAUGUAUUCAGACCACUAUCACCGACGAGUAAGUAGUAUGUAGUCGCUUAGAAUUGUUUUAGAGUCCUCAGAAAGAAAGGGAGAUUAUAUAAGCUAAGGUUUUCAUAGUUUGUUUUUUAUUUCGUGUUAUUGAAAAUUUCUUUAUUUAAUGUACCCAUUUCUUAGACACUUGGGAAUUAAUAUACGAUUGGGGAAUUGAUAUAUUUAAUUAUUAUUAAAUAUAUUAGUUUAAACUUUAUUCAUCUUCGUCAUAUUUUAUUUAUUUUCUUAUAGUUAUGGUGUUAAUUUAUUUUUUAAAAACAUGAAUUUUUGAGAAUGAGGUGAUUAAAAUUUUAUGAAUAUAAUUUAUUAUAUUACUAAAUUUUAUAAUUACUAAUCGUCAUUAGAAGUUAUUUUCUAGCAGUUGAAUAACUAUUGAUGUCAAUUUCUUAAAAAAUCUCGUUUUGGCAGAGUGACUUUAACGGUGGAUCAAAACAGUAACAAGACAUUGUUAUUUAUUUCAACUAAUAAUGCAAUCUAUAUUUUACAGACAAUAUUUUGUAUUUCUUUUAUUAUUAUUAUAUUUAUAGUUUUAUUUUUGAAAUUCAAACGUAUAUUUUUUUUUUCAUCUUAUACUUUUAUUUUUAUUUUUGUUGAUUAUAAUAUGAAUUUGUUUUCAUAUUAUUUACGUUUUCUACCUUAUUUAAAUAUUUAAUUGUUUAAAGUAAUUAACUUUUUUCAAAUGAUGCCAGUUUUUAAGCCAGAAAUAUUAGAUGAUUAUUAUUAUAUUGCCGUUUAUUAUUUUUAUUUAUUGCAUGGUAUGAAUGAGCUACUCUAUAUCACUAUUACUAUUUUUCUUGAAAGUGACAGAUUGUAAUAUCACAAUAAAGAGGUUAAAAAAAAAAAUAAUGAAAUCAAAUAUUAUUUCUUUGUUCAUCCUGUAUGAAGAGUGCAAUUAAAUAAAAUAAAUAUUUAAAUCCGUUUGAAUAUGUAAUUUCUUUGGAGCUAGAAAAAAAAAAUUCUUGUUUAACUUCUUCUGUUACUUAAAUGUAUGAAAUUUAUAAUAAGUUUAAUACAGUUUAGUGUGGUUAAACUAAAGCUGUUACUAUACUAAAAAUUUAAAAAUGUCUAGAUGUAUAGUUACAUAUUAAAGGGAAAAAGCAGAUUAUUAAAUUGAUAAUGAAAAAUUCGAAUGAAAUACUUAAAUAAAAAAGAAUGCAACAUUAAUUAUUAUUUCUGGUUUAGAAUGCCAUCCGUCGUAAACCAAUGACUGCCUGUCCUACAGUUUC